AUGAAUUACCCAUUAAACUGCUAUUAUAUAGCCUCGAGUCAUAAUACAUACCUUCUUGGAAGACAAGUUGCUGGAGAGUCUUCAAUUGAAGGGUACAAGCGGGCAUUACAAAGAGGGUGCAGGUGUGUUGAGAUUGAUGUUUGGGGUGAUAAUGACGAGCCUAUUGUGAACCACGGCUUGACUUUCACUAAAGGAAGUAUCAAAUUUGAACGGGUUAUUGAGUAUUUGAAGGAAAAUGCGUUUGUUGCUACGCCGUACCCCUUGGUGCUAUCGUUAGAGAUCAAUGCUUCUAGCGUUGCUCAAAAGGCGGUGGUUAGGAUAUUGAAGCAAGUAUUGGGUCGAGAUAUGGUUACUGAGCAGCUUAUCGAAGGCGCUAUUUUGCCGUCUCCCGAGAAAUUGAAAUACAAGUUUAUUAUCAAAGUAAAGAAAACGAGCCCGUUUCAAGGGUUGGUUGAAACUGAGGAUGGAAGCUAUACAUCGACUACAACUACGUCAUGUGAUGAUAGUGGUCUGAACAGCUUAAGCAUUCGUCGUAGUACCUUGAACAUCAUCGAUUCGUUGAGCGAGCUUGGCGUAUACAUGCAAGGCAUCAAGUUUAGGAAUUUUUCAUUACCUGAGUCUAAGCUAUAUAAUCACUGCUUUUCGCUAAGUGAAAAAACUAUUAAUAAAAUGAUCAAGGACGAAGUUAAAAGAACAAGUUUAAAUAAACAUAAUAGAAAGUAUUUCCUUCGAGUCUACCCAUCGAAAUUUCGGCUAAAGUCCUCGAAUUUCAAUCCAAUAAAGUAUUGGGAAUUGGGAGUACAGAUGGUGGCAACAAAUUGGCAGACUUAUGACCUCGGGCAACAGAUCAACGAAGCCAUGUUUGCAAAUGAAGGAUAUGUUUUGAAACCGGAGCAUUUGAGAAAACCGAUAAUCAGGAGUUCAAAGUAUUAUAGUUUAGAGCCGCCAAAACCGAAAAAUAUUCAGUUUAGGAUAGAAAUAAUAAGUGGCCAUGAGUUACCUGUUAUGAAUCCUUCAGUUUCAUUUGAAAUAUUUGGCUCUGACUCGGUGAAGGCACUGGGGAAGACAAGCAUUGUAAUGGACCCUGUAUGGAAUGAAAUAUUUAAUGGCGAAUUCACUGGUUAUGAAGAUUUCUCAUUUCUUAGAUUUGCAGUUUAUUCCAAUUUGGAAAAACAAGAUAUAUAUGGACUAGUUGUUGUGAAGUUGGACAGUAUCAAGCUGGAGUAUGAGAAACUUUACUUGAAUGACCAAUUUGGACAAAAAACGAACUCCUUCUUGUUUGUCAAGAUGGGGUACGAAGUAUGUAAUGACUAA